AUGGAGGAGUCACCUUCGACGCUCGAUGGCCAUGGCGAGAUUGACCCAUCGUAUGUUUCUGCAACAGGGGAAGAAACCAACUAUGCCGUCGAUGAUGUUGGAAACAACACCGCACAAGAGACCGAUACUGGCAUCCCUGGUACUUCCACAGUCCGGACGCGACCCAGGAAGAAGAGAGGCCGUCAUCCAAAAGAUCCUCUGGGCCAGACGGUCCGAUUUCAAUGCUCAAGGCUAGAAGAUCUCGAGGCCAGCUUGGGAGAAUACCUAGCAAACCCCAGUCACCCUGCUGAACACACCACCCUAGAGUUCACCUUUCCAGUCACCGCUGCCUUUCUGAUACCCGCUGGCGACCCGCUCGGAGGCGAUCACCCAGCCGACAAAUUAACAACGUUUACGUUCUCGCUGCCAGAGAAGUCUGCGGUUUCGGUGGUUGAUGCUUUGUAUAACAUUCCCGACCCGAAGGAGCAAAUGAUCACACAGAAGAGAAUCGCCAGGUCACUGGUGCAAGCCAUUUCGGAAAUCGACGGAUUCCACUACAGCUUCCAUAACAAUUGGCUGUCAAACGCCGAUCGGGCGAAUAGAUUCUCCUUCUACUGCCUCGAUUCCGUACUGAACAUGGGAAGAGCUGCAAACGAGGGUCUUGCCAAGAUUCGUGCUGGCGUGAAAAGUCGAAAGCGGGUAUACGAGUGCGGAGGCGCGAUUUGGAUCAAAUUCUCGCUAACCAAGAACAACCUCCAACUUGACUACAAACAUAUACCCAUGCAUCCCACUGUCGAAGAGAGGGCACCCACUCCGAGACGCGGAAGUAAGCGGAGAAGAAUGUGGGAAGUUUUUCAUCCCGAAAAGCUGCCUGAAAACAGGCGCCGUCUCGCGAAAGACAAGCCUAACCCCGAGGGGAAGGCUCGGAAGAGGAAGUCCAUAGAUGACACGAUGGCACCAGGAAUACGCAAAAGAAGGGCCACCGAGCCAAGAACUCAAGACAAUAAUUCAUCCACGCCCCAGAGUGCCCAGGACCGAGAGAAUAGUUUCCAACCGCUGUUCGACUUUCUUGGAUCGACGGAUCGGCUGGAAGGAGCUGACGGCGCGGACCUUGAAUCAGACAGUUUCGUAGACUGCAAUGGGGGCUCCGCAAAACCGGCUCUUGGAGCAGGCGCCGAAGACGUCCCAGAAACUGGAAAUACUGUACCCUCUGGUAACCAGGACAAACCACGCCCAGGUACGAUGAGCGGCUCUACGACUAUUGUCGACUUGACCCGUGGCAAGGAGACGAGGCCCAAGAAAAAAUACACGAAACGCUCCGCUAAGAAACCUCCUGGGGAGUCUCGUACUGCUCCUGUACCUCCAACAGCAAAGCAGCAAGGGAAUGACCCGGCACCGACGUCAGCGAAUUCGAACUUGAUUGAUGCCCUGAAAAAGAGAUUGAUCGAGGCGCAGGAGAAGAUCCGCCAACUCGAAAGCCAAAAGCAGCAAGAAGCACAGCCUCCCCAGCCUGUUCAACCUAUCACUAUAGUGCAAUACCAUCCACAGCCUUCUCAACCGGCCACCAUAGUGCAACAGCCUCCUCUGCCCCCUCCGGCCGCUCAGGCUCAGUACGCGCCAACACAGUAUCCAAAUCACCCGGUCCCCGGCUCUCCAGGUCAAUGGCAGUACCCUCCGCCGAAUCAGGCCGCGUAUCCUGCAUAUCCCUCCUACCAGUAUCCUACUCAAGACUCUCCCCAACCACCCCGUCCGCCUGCCCCAGCCCUUCCAGCAACACUACCACAGCCUUAUGUUCAAGCGAAUGAAAACCCGCCUCCUCCAGCCCCUCCAGCGACACUGCCACAGCCUUAUCACCAAGCGAAACAACAUCUGCCUUCCGCUCCUACUGUGCAACCGAACCCAAUGCCUUCCUAUGCCUUUGUCCAGAUCCCUGCCCAUCUUCUUGCACCGAAUGUCAGGCCGCAUCCGGUACCCGGUCAAUCCCAGAGUGUGCCUGGUCCUACGCCGCCAGCUUUGCAUUAUCAGUACAACUACGCGCCAUCACCUUUGCAAGCACAGCAGAGUCCUGCUCCGGCUCAAUCGCGCGGCCCAUCCCUCCCCUUGAGCUCGGUCCAAUCUCAACCGCAACUUGACGUCGCAAGCACCCACCGACCAAUAGCUCCGUAUCCGUCUACUGCAGUGCAGCAACACGGGGUUCACGCACGGCCGCAGAGCGAGGCUCAGCCGCAAACUUGA